CUGACUGUGGUCCCCCCAUGGCAGGUGGGGGCAGCGGGAUUGGUGCAGGUAUCUGCCGGGGGGUUUCUGGGGGUCCCUAGAGGGGUUCUGGGUCCCCCCCACCCCCGUCUCUGACCCUGGUCCCCCCAUGGCAGGCGGGGGCAGCGGCAUUGGCCGCGCUGUCUGUGCCCGGCUGGCCGAGGAGGGGGCACUGGUGGUCGUGGCUGACCAGAAUGAAGUGGGGGCUGCGGAGACAGUGCGGGGGCUGCCACGGGGGGAGCCCGGCCAGGAGCAUGAGGCGUUCGGGGUGGACGUCAGCUCAGCCCAGAGCGUGGGGGAGCUCAUGGCUCGGAUCCAGGCCCGGUUCUCCGCCUCGCCCCGGGUCUGCGUGAGCUGCGCCGGGAUCACCAUGGACGAGUUCCUGCUCAAGCAGACGGAGGCAGCAUUCGACAAGGUGCUCCAAGUCAACCUCAAGGGAACCUUCCUGGUCACCCAGGCUGUGGCGCGUGGACUGGUGGAGAGCGGAGCCCCAGGGGGGUCCAUCAUCAACAUGGGCAGCAUCGUGGGCAAGGUGGGGAACCUGGGGCAGGUGAGCUACGCAGCAUCCAAGGCUGGCGUGGAGGGGCUGACCAAGACCGCUGCCAAAGAGCUGGCCAGGUUCGGGAUCCGCUGUAACGUGGUGCUUCCCGGGUUCAUCGCCACCCCCAUGACGGACAAGGUGCCUCCCAAAGUGCUGCAGAAGUUUGCAGGGAUGGUGCCGUUGGGACGACUCGGGGACCCCAAAGAGGUCGCUGACGUCUGCGUCUUCCUGGCCUCAGACGAGAGUCGCUACAUAACAGGGGCCAGUGUGGAGGUGACAGGUAUGGGGCGGGG